UUCUGGAAUUUGAAAUGCUUUACCUGGUCGGCUUGGGCCUGGGAGAUGCCAAGGACAUCACAGUCAAGGGCCUGGAGGUGGUAAAGCGUUGCAAUCGAGUGUAUCUGGAGGCCUACACCUCGGUUCUGAGUGUAGGGAAGGAAGCCCUGGAGGAUUUUUAUGGAAGAAAACUGAUUCUUGCUGAUAGAGAAGAAGUAGAACAAGCAGCGGAUAAUAUUUUAAAAGAUGCUGACCUUAGUGAUGUUGCAUUUCUUGUGGUUGGCGAUCCUUUUGGGGCCACAACACACAGUGAUCUUGUGCUACGAGCAGCAAAGAAGGGAAUCCCGUAUCAAGUUAUUCACAAUGCCUCCAUAAUGAACGCAAUAGGAUGCUGUGGGUUACAGUUGUAUAGGUUUGGAGAAACAGUUUCUAUUGUGUUUUGGACAGACACUUGGAGACCAGAAAGCUUUUUUGACAAAGUGAAGAAGAACAGACAAAACGACAUGCACACUUUAUGUUUACUAGACAUCAAAGUAAAGGAACAGUCUUUGGAAAAUCUUAUCAAGGGAAGGAAGAUCUAUGAACCUCCUCAGUAUAUGAGCGUAAACCAAGCAGCUCAGCAGCUUCUGGAGAUUGUUCAAAAUGAAAGACUUCGAGGAGAAGAACCAGCGAUUACUGAGAAGACACUCUGUGUUGGCCUUGCCAGAGUUGGAGCUGAGGACCAGAAGAUUGCAGCAGGCACUCUACAGCAGAUGUGUACUGUGGAUUUGGGAGGACCUUUACAUUCCUUGAUUAUCACAGCAGGCAGUAUGCAUCCUCUGGAGACUGAGAUGUUAAGUCUAUUUUCCAUAUCAGAAGAUACUGCAGAAUCUCUAAGCAUUAAUGACCUUUGAACAUAAACAUUUUCUGUUGUC